AUGGUCAAAGUCCUCAUCUCCCUCAGCGUGUUGGCCGCUGCUGCUAUGGCUGGCUCCGUCACGAAACUCCCCGAGUCUGUGACCAAGCUCAUCGACUACUCCAUCAACCCCUGUGAAGACUUUUACCAAUAUGCGUGUGGCGCGUGGUACAAGGAUGUUGUGAUACCCCCGGGCAGAUACCAAAUCGAUACGGCGUUCUACGAGAUCGUCAUCCGAAACAAAGCUGUAUUGAAGAAGAUUUACUCUGACAACAAGCCCAAGCUUGGUGAGUAUUACAACUCCUGUUUGGACACGGCUACACUAUCGUCGCUCGGCCUGACUCAGCUGGAGGGCUCGUUCAAAGCCAUUCGGUCGGCCAACACCACGUUGGACCUCCUCAUCGUGGCCGGUGAAUUGGCCAAGAACGGUAUCCCUGCAUUUGUCGACAUAAAGGCCAGCGCUGACGACAACGACCUGACCAAGAACGCCCUCUUCGGUUUCCGAGCCCCCCUGUCGCUGGAUCGCAGGUACUACACCAUCCCUUCCGCCUGGGAGACCGUCGAAGCCGAGUACAAGGUGUACAUUGCGUCGGUGUUGCAGCUAGCUGGUUACACUGCUGAGCAAGCGGCGGCUGCCGUGCCGGUAAUCAUCCGUUUCGAGCAAACUCUGGCUGGUGUCGCCCUCCGCGAGCUCGAGGAGAUAGGGGCUCCUGUGUCUCCAUAUACUGCGUUUACGUACAGCCAACUGGACCAGAAGUACCCCCUGCUCAUCGGGUCGUGGCUCAAGGCCCACGGCUUCGACAUCUACGACCAGUUGGGUGGGUCGAACGACUGGGUGGGGUUUAAGGAGUUGGCUUACUUUGACAAGACCGAAGUGUUGCUGAAGAACACGACGCUUGACGACCUCCGCACCAUCCUGGAGUACAAGCUCAUCCAUGCUUCGUCGAACCACUUGACCCCUGAAUUCCGCACGGUCAACUGGAACUUGUUCGGCAAGAAGAUCAAACACCAAAAGGUGGAACCUACUCGUGAAAGGUUCUGCAUGUCUGAGACGGGCGAGACCUUGAGUGAUCUCUUGGGACAGUACUUCGUAGACGAGGUGUUGUCGGCUGAUGCAGCCAAGACGGCCGACGAACUAGCCAAGGCCUUGCAGUCGUCCUUCUCCACUGGCAUUGUCACCGCCGACUGGUUGGACAACUCGACCCGCGCCAACGCGCAAAUGAAGCUGUCCAAGCUUGUACAUGCGUUGGGUGGCCCAGAGAAGUCGCAGCUGUACCCCACGCUGACGUUUGACUCGAAUACGUAUUUGAACAACCGGUGGAAGGUGUCCCAAGUGAACGUCGACUCCAACUUGAAGCUGAACGGCCAACCUGUGGACAGACGCAAGUUCAGCGACCCCCCCCAUGUGGUGAGCGCGUACUACGUCUCCCAGACGAAUCAAAUUACACUCCCCGCCGGCAUUUUGCAAAAACCAUUCUUUGACGGCCAGUUUGACGCUGCCCAGAACUUUGGUGGCAUCGGGACGGUCAUCGGACACGAAAUUACCCACGGGUUCGACAACCGCGGCCGCAAAUACGAUGGCGACGGAAACUUGAAACAGUGGUGGUCGAACGCCACCAGCACUGCGUUCAACACGAAAUCCCAGUGCAUUAUCGACCAGUACGCCAACUUUGUCGUAAAGAGCGAAGUCACUGGCGCUGAAUUGGGCAACAUUAGCGCCGUGUUCUCUUUGGAUGAAAACAUUGCGGACAACGGGGGGCUAAAGACCAGUUUCCGCGCAUACCACGAGUACUUGAAGAAGUUCCCGUCCCAGUACACGGAAGAAGCAGGCGACAAGUUGUUCUACUUGUCGUACGCCCAAUCCUGGUGCUCCAAGAGCACGGAUGCCUCCCUCAACAUGAGUUUGAGGGGCAGGCACCCGCCUAACCGGUUCCGCGUGACAGGGGCGUUGCAAAACGACGCUGAGUUUGCCCGUGUGUUCGAAUGCCCCACCGACUCGUACUUGAACCCGUCCAACAAGUGCUUGUUGUGGGAAUAG